AUGGCUGCUUGGGAUAUAUUUGGCUGGUUCAGAGACGUCUUGGCUUCUCUUGGUCUAUGGAACAAACACGGUAAGCUGCUGUUCCUUGGUCUAGAUAAUGCUGGUAAGACUACUCUAUUACAUAUGUUAAAGAAUGAUAGAUUAGCUACUCUACAACCAACAUGGCAUCCAACUUCCGAGGAGUUAGCCAUCGGUAAUAUCAAAUUUACAACUUUUGAUCUUGGUGGUCAUAUUCAAGCUCGUCGUCUAUGGAAGGAUUAUUUCCCAGAAGUUAACGGUAUUGUCUUCUUAGUCGACGCCGCUGAUCCAGAAAGAUUUGCAGAAGCUCGUGUCGAACUUGACGCUCUGUUCAACAUCACUGAAUUAGAACAUGUUCCGUUCGUCAUUCUAGGUAACAAGAUUGAUUCCCCAAAUGCUGUUGACGAAGCAGAACUUCGUAUUGCUCUAAACUUACAACACACCACUGGUUCUACCGUUGUUGAAGGUCAAAGACCAGUUGAAUUAUUCAUGUGUUCUGUUGUUAUGAGAAAUGGUUACGCAGAAGGUUUCCAAUGGUUAUCUCAAUAUAUUUAA